GACCCAGGGCCCGCGGAGGAGAAGCGGGAAGCCCGCGGCGGGGGGACAGCCCGGCGGAGGCAGCCGGCCGGAGGUCGGUAGGACGGCAGAGCCGAGCACAGUGUCCGCGGGGCCCGGGACAGACGGCGCGGAGCUGAGCUCGGGAGCCGCCCGGAGCGCGCCAUGCGCGGGCCUCCCGCCGCGGGGCCGGUCUGCACCGCCGCCCGGGUCACCUGGCCCCGACAGGUCGCCCGCUGCCCCGGCGGAAGAGCUCGCGGGGCCCGGGAUGGCGGCGAGCCCGGGUCGGCCGCCAAGGUCCCUCCCUGCGAGCGGUGCUGGCCGCGGAGCGCGGGAGCCGCCCCCUGCCCCCCCGCGCGCGCCCCGGCCGGGGGCGCCCGCCCUCUAUAUAGCGCACCCCUGCGGCGCCCGCGCCAGGCCGCCAGCCGCGCACACGGCCCGGGAGAGCGCGCCGCGCCCGGGAGCCAGACCCUCGCCCCCCGCGCCGCCGCCGCCCCGACGGCCGCCCCCCGCCGCCGCCCGGCCCCCACGGCCACCAUGAAGAAGGAGGUGUGCUCCGUGGCCUUCGUCAAGGCUGUGUUCGCCGAGUUCCUGGCCACCCUCAUCUUCGUCUUCUUCGGCCUCGGCUCGGCCCUUCAGUGGCCGUCGGCGCUGCCCUCCAUCCUCCAGAUCUCGCUGGCCUUCGGCCUGGCCAUCGGCACCCUGGCCCAGGCCCUGGGGCCCGUGAGCGGCGGCCACAUCAACCCUGCGAUCACACUGGCCCUCCUCGUGGGCAACCAGAUCUCCCUGCUGCGGGCCGUCUUCUACGUGGUGGCCCAGCUGGUGGGCGCCAUCGCGGGGGCGGGCAUCCUCUAUGGGCUGGCACCACUCAACGCGCGGGGCAGUCUGGCCAUCAAUGCGCUCAAUAGCAACACGACGCCCGGCCAGGCCAUGGUGGUGGAGCUGAUUCUGACCUUCCAGCUGGCGCUCUGCGUCUUCUCCUCUACUGACUCCCGCCGCACCAGCCCUGUGGGCUCCCCAGCCCUGUCCAUUGGCCUGUCCGUCACCCUGGGCCACCUUGUGGGGAUCUAUUUCACCGGCUGCUCCAUGAACCCAGCCCGCUCUUUCGGCCCCGCAGUGGUCAUGAAUCGGUUCAGCUCUGCACACUGGGUAUUCUGGGUGGGGCCCAUCCUGGGGGCUGCCCUGGCCGCCAUCCUCUACUUCUACCUGCUCUUCCCCAACUCCCUGAGCCUGAGUGAGCGUGUGGCCGUCGUCAAGGGCACGUAUGAGCCUGAGGAGGACUGGGAGGAGCAGCGGGAGGAGCGGAAGAAGACCAUGGAGCUGACCGCCCACUGACCAGCGUCAGACAGGCGCUAGCCUCUCACCCCUGAAUGGCAGGGGAAACCCUUCCCCCCCCCAAAAAAAAACCCCAUGACAGCAAAGCUUCCUUCCCCCACAGCGGGUCCUCUGGGCUAGGGAGGAGGGACUCGCUCCCCAGGCUGCAGUUAGAAAUGGCAGCAGGAACCCAUGAUGGGACUCCUGGGGUGGGGCCCCGGGACUGCGGUCCGAUGGGGUGAGGGUCUCUCUGAGACGGGGCAGGCUGCUGCCAUGAGGUCAGACCUCAGAGAUUGUGAACACAGCACUGAGCUCACAGGCCGCCCCAGGGGCAGGGCAGUAAGGAGUGGCCUGCGUUCUCCCGCCCCACCCCCCGGGCCCCUCCUCAGGAGCCAGAGGGUCCCGGCCCCGAGGAUGGCAGAGGCUGGCCCUCCCCAGAGCUCCUUUGGAGGGCGAGAGGCUGGCUCACUAAAUGCUGCCUUAUUUAUUUCUGCUUCUAGGUGCAUGGGCUAGGGCUGCUGGGGUGUGGAGUGGGGGCUCCCCAAUAAACCGCUGACGCCCA